AUGUUCGUGUCUAGGGUUUUAACUCGUGCCUCAAGGACCCUCCCCAGGAGCACAAUGCUCUUCGCCGCUCCACAAAAUCAUCACUUGCCAAUCCUAUGCAAUCAGUCCCAAGCUCUGAUCCACGAUUUUUCGAUUAAGUUUUCUCCAAGGCAAGUGUCUCUGUUGCAUCAUUCAACCCCGAGUUCUUCAAUCUCUCAAAUAUUUGGAUUCUCUUCGUCUGCAUCGCCACAGCCUUCAGAAAGGGAACAUGGAAGUGCUGCAGAGAAUGGUGGUGCUUCCACAAAUGGAGAGCCAGCAAAAGCAAGUGGAGAUGCUAAAGUUUCUGAUCAAACAAAAGAAUCAGGUUACACUUCAGAUUCCCAGUCUAAGAAGUCUCCUUCUGUCAAAAGAAGGAGGGGAGGUACUAAACGAACUGCAUUUUCUGAUUCAGAUUCAGAGGGUGAGGGUGACUUAGGUUUCGAUGAUCUGGUAAAACUUGUGGCUGAGAAGGAAGAACUUCUGAAGCAGAAACAUGAAGAAAUCAAGAGAAUGCAAGAUAAAGUCCUCCGAAGUUAUGCAGAGAUGGAAAAUGUCAUGGACAGAACAAGGCGUGAAGCAGAGAAUUCGAAGAAAUUUGCCGUACAGAAUUUUGCAAAGAGUUUACUAGAUGUUGCGGACAAUUUGGGGAGAGCUUCUUCAGUUGUCAAAGACAGUUUCUCAAAACUUGAUGAGUCUAAGGAAUCUGGUGGAGCUGCACCACUUCUAAAAACACUUCUAGAAGGUGUUGAAAUGACUGAGAAACAACUUAUAGAGGUAUUUAGAAAGUAUGGAGUAGAAAAGUUUGAUCCUACAAAUGAAGCAUUUGACCCAAACAAGCAUAACGCAGUAUUUAAUUUAGAAGAUGCUUCCAAGCCUCCAGGCACUAUUGCUGUAGUUCUCAAGCCCGGAUACAUGCUUUAUGACCGAGUUGUUAGGCCAGCUGAAGUUGGUGUAACUACAGCACCAGAGAACAAUGCAACUGAGGAUAAUGCUGGCAAUUGA